AAAGGUUUCAUAUAUAGGCUUGAGUUUGAAAGUAUUAUACAUAUAUUUUGAGAAUAUUCAAGCAUGAUGAAGACUGUUUUGGUGUCCUGUUUUUUAGUUGUUGGCUGGAUAAGUCAGAGUUAUUCUAACAAACAAGAUGAACGUGAACUAUUACAGAAGAUUGUCGACGCAAUUGCUGACCAACAUAGGGAAAACAUUAUAAGAAGGAUUUUCACGUCAAAUGAAAAUCAGAGAAGCAUUUACAAGAAGGGUGGACUCGUUGGGAAAAGUUUGGAAGCUAAACCAAAUUUAGAAGAUCGAAGGGGAAACAAGCAUCAUGAUAAGGUGUCAGAACACAAGAUAGACAAGGAUGAUGCUCUUGAUAGGGCAUUAGAAUCCUUUCUCCAAGCUAGAAGGGCUCGUGUUUGGUAUAGAUGGCUCGAACAUGGGGGAUAUAAAGGUUCCAACACAACGUCAACGACUACUCCUAUGCCACCGCAAACACCCCCAGCAACAACAACAAAACCAAAGAUUCUCUGGUGUAGAUGGUCUUGGUGGUGUAGGAAAUAAAUCUGUAUGUCUUGUCCAGCAUUUUUGUUUGUUCGUACUUUUCUUUGCCAGUUGGGCAACAUUUUCAAAAAUAAAACAUUGUUUCUGUAUAUACAAUGUGACACAUGUGUAGAACAGCAAAUGUGUAUCUAAGAUAUUCUUAGAUGUUUGCGGUAUAAUCUUUGAUCCUAAGAAAAUCAAUAAAAAGUAUCUAUUUUUUAAAAA